AUGCUUCUGUGCAACUCGAACGCUUUACACAACCUAAGCAAUCAAGUCGAUAGUGAUACUCAGUCUACAAAAGCUCAGACAAGUGAAAUAAUUAACCACUACCACUUAAACAAAAACGACGAUACGGCAUCAAAUCAGGAAACUGGCGUGCCAUACUACUAUCAAAGAAAUAUAACCGAUCUUCCAAAAAACAAAUCGCUACCGCUUAAAGCAGAAGGUACUAGAAAUGACAGUUCGGGUAUUACAGCACUAUCAGGUGCAAUAAGUAAUAAACCUGACAACGCAACAGCUGUCAAAGACUCAACACCGAUUCUUGACGAGUUUACUACAGUCGCCAAUGAAACAACUAAUGCUCCUAAGGGCAGUACUACGAAUGAGGAAGAUACAACGCUUGGGAUCGAGACAACUACCAAAAUUACGGGGGGUAAUACCACGAUGGAAAAUACAACACCGAUUCCUAACACAUCUACUACAGUCGGUAAGACCACAACUAAUGAUCCUCAAGGGAACACCACGAUUGAGGUUGACACAACUCUUGAAACUGAGACAACUACCGAUAAGCCAGGUUCCGAUACUACGGUGAAAGAUUCAUCAACGAUUCCUGAGCAAUCUACUACUCUCGCCCAGGAUAUAACAAAGCAUCCUGAAGACAGCACUACGAUUAAUGAUGACACAACUCUGGCAAUCGAGACAACUACCGAUAAUCAUGGGGAUGACACCACGGUAGAAGAUUCGACACCGAUUCCAGAUGCAUCUACUACUAUCGCCUUGGACACAACUAAUAAUCCGGAAGAGAGCACUACGAUUAAUGAUGACACAACUCUGGCAUCCGAGACAACUACCGAUAAACCCGGAGCAGAUACUACGGUACAAGACUCAACACCGAUUCCUGAGCAAUCUACUACUGUCGCCGAGGUCACAACUAAAGAUCCUGAAGGUAGCACUACGAUUGAGGAAGACACAACUCUUGCAAUCGAGACAACUACUGAUUAUCCUGGGGAUGACUCCACGGUAGAAGAUUCAACACCGAUUCCAGAUGUAUCUACUACUAUCGGCUUGGACACAACUAAUAAUCCGGAAGAGAGCACUACGAUUAAUGAUGACACAACUCUUGCAAUCGAGACAACAACCGAUAAAUCUGUGGAUGACACCACGGUAGAAGAUUCAACACCGAUUCCUGACGAAUCUACAAAUGUCGCCCAGGACACAACUAAUAAUCCGGAAGAGAGCACUACGAUUAAUGAUGAUACAACUCUGGCAAUCGAGACAACUACCGAUAAACCUGGAGCAGAUACUACGGUACAAGAUUCAACACCGAUUCCUGAGCAAUCUACUACUGUCGCCGAGGUCACAACUAAAGAUCCAGAAGGUAGCACUACGAUUAAUGAUGACACAACUCUUGCAAUCGAGACAACAACCGAUAAAUCUGUGGAUGACACCACGGUAGAAGAUUCAACACCGAUUCCUGAUGCAUCUACUACUAUCGCCUUGGACACAACUAAUAAUUCGGAAGAGAGCACAACGAUUAAUGAUGACACAACUCUUGCAAUCGAGACAACAACCGAGAAAUCUGUGGAUGACACCACGAUAGAAGAUUCAACACCGAUUCCUGAUGCAUCUACUACUAUCGCCUUGGACACAACUAAUAAUCCGGAAGAGAGCACUACGAUUAAGGAUGACACAACUCUUGCAAUCGAGACAACAACCGAUAAAUCUGGGGAUGAUACCACGUUAGAAGAUUCAACACCGAUCACUGACAAAUCUACAACUGUCGCCCAGGACACAACAAAGCAUCCUGAAGAGACCACUACGAUUGAUGUAGACACAACUCUUGCAAUUGAGACAACUACUGAUAAUCCUGGCGAUGACACCACUGUAGAAGAUUCAACACCGAUUCCUGACAUAUCUAGUACUAUCGUUCCUGCCGAAUCAACUACUGCUGGAUCUAUGGACAGCACCACCAUAGAUUAUUCAACGCAUUCUCCAGAGGAUAGUAGCACAGGUAGUGAACAUACUACAAAUAACCCCAAGGACGAUACCACUAUAGAGAAUUCUACACCUUAUCCAGAGGAAAGUAGCACAGUUGUGAUUACGACGAAUAUUCCCCAUGAAAGCACUACUUUAGACGAUUCUACCCUGUCACCUGGAGUAAGCAGUACUGCAGGACAGGAUUCCACUACAGCAGAAAAUAAACCUGGAGAAAGUACAACGAUAUCUGACACAAGUUCCACUCCAGUAUACGAGACCACGAGUAGUCCAAUUCCAUCUUCCUCAAGAUCCACAACCUUAGAAACCUCAUCAACUUCUUCCCCUGAUACCACAACUUCAAAUGUACCACCACUGUCGUGCAGUACCGGGUAUCAAUAUUUACCCCACCCAACAAAUUGCCAUAAAUUUAUUCACUGUAGCAACGGAUAUGAACUAAUUAUGGAUUGCCCAGCUAAUCUUUAUUGGGACUAUACCAAAUUCGCUUGCAGUGGAGACUCAAGUGUUUGCUACAACGACGUUGAGAACUCCAAUCCAGAGGAGAAGGCUUGCGGCCCUGGAGUGGAUUUCCUUGCUCAUCCAACGGACUGUACCAUGUAUUUGCAAUGUAGUAAUGGCGAGGCAUUAGAGCGCAGGUGUCCAGAUCCUUUGUAUUGGAACCAGGAGAUAAAGUCAUGUGAUUGGUCCAAUAAAUAUUGCACAGAUCUUCGGGCGGCUCAAUCGAUUUCUUGCGCAGCGGGCAUGAAUUUUGAAGUUUUUCAAAGCGAUUGCUCUAAAUACGUCAAGUGCUUUGGCUUGAGAGGUGUUGUAAUGAGCUGCAAUUCGGGACUUUACUGGAAUCCCAUUAAGCAAGUUUGCGAAAAGUCCAAGUGGUUCUGCACAUAAGAGUAAGCCCAA